CAUGGCCGCGCCCACUGCCGGGUUCCAACCGAAUCAAUUCCAUGUGCAUCAAGCGCUCGUUUAGCUUUCAUCCUGCUGUGUUGCUCUAAUUUUGCGUCUAAUAAGUCUUCGCAUAAAGGUGAGAAAUAUGGGAGACUGGGGACUCUUGAAACAAGGAGCUGAAGCCCGAAUCUUCAAGGGAGAAUUCUAUGGGAGACCGUGUCUCUUGAAGGAGAGAUUCAAGAAGAACUAUCGACAGCCUGCCCUUGAUGAACUUCUGACCAAGGAGCGAACCAAGGCUGAAGUCCGCAUGCUUAUGAAGUGCCGACUUAUCGGCUUACCUAUUCCUGCAUUAUUUCUGGUCGAGCUGGAGAAAGGACGGAUUUAUAUGGAAUAUUUGGAAGAUGCCAUUACUGUGAAGGACCGCAUUUCAAGUCUGGAAGGAGGGGGGGGAGGCGAUAGGACUAGUCAAGAGAUGAAGCGGUUGGCUGGUCUGAUAGGACAAUCUCUUGGAAGAAUGCACUCUCACAAUAUCAUCCAUGGUGACCUGACCACGUCUAACAUGCUCCUCCGUCUUUCUGCCGCAAACCGACUCUACUUGAUCGACUUUGGACUGAGCUUCGUGGAUGGAAGAAGUGAGGAGAAAGGUGUGGACCUCUAUGUACUGGAACGAGCCAUUCUCAGCACUCAUCCCAACUGUGAUGCAUUGUUCCAAGAAAUCCUUCAGGAGUACGCAAAGGAAUACAUCACGGGUGGUAAAGAAGUGCUGAGGAAGUUGGACGAUGUGCGACUUCGUGGUCGAAAGAGAACUAUGGUUGGCUGAUGGAACAAUGAAUGUUCUUUAUUUGCAAUUCUCUGAAUAUUGUCAAUGAGCUAUCCUGAUCACAGAUGAAGUAACAGCUUCAAAGUACAGAGAUAGUACCCAAUAAUCACAAACUUCAACCCAUAAUAACUUCUUUUGCUAGGUGAAAUUGAGUACAAGUCAGUAUUCCACGUUUCUCAGAAACAGGGGGGAAAAAAAGCACAGAGAAAAUGGAAGCCCCAUGGAAUGGAAUAGGAAGACAUUUGUUAUGACCCCAUUACAGCUUGGAUGUCAUUCCACCAGCAGCCACAAAUGUCUCUCCUGUGAUGUAAGAUGCAUCUUGGGAGCAGAGG